AUGCAGCUUCGGCAGGAACAAUCGCUCACAAGCAUGUCAAAACCUAGCGGUCAGGAGAAAGGAAAACAACUGGCCGCAUGCGGGCUGUCAGCCUCCCGAAGGUUGUUUGUGCCUUCUCCAGAAAAACGCUACCAGGAAUAUCAAGUCUACUCCAACUGUCGCGACAGACUCAACGAUCGGCGUAGGGAACAACGGACUUCCCCAAUUCCCGUCCAAGCAAAGCUCAACAACCGGUACCUGGACGUACUUGAACCAAAAUCUCCUAUUCGUCGGAGGUAUGAUGCGAUCGGUCUAAAAGAAACCAACGAAUCCGACUACGUUCCGACUUCUCCUGGAACGACGAUCUCAUGCCAAUCGACAACAUCCAGAUCAGCCAGAAGAAGUGAUUAG